AAUAUGACGAGUAUGGUUAGGUAUGACAUGAAGUAUUGAGUAUGACCUAGAACAACUUCGAGCAUAGAUAAUAGAUACACAAGAUAAUAGAUACACAAAGAAUAGAAAAUUGGUUAGUAUGUGGAUGUUAUAUUGUGAAGCAUUGAGAAUGUUGUGAAGUCUACAAUCCCCAAGAGGAUUUUUUUCAAGCGAUGUAAUCUUAAAAAAUAUUUUAGUGGAAAGGCAAAACGAACAUCAUGUCCAAUUUUUUCGAAAAAUUUUUCAAUAAGGUUCAAUUUGAAAUUUACUCUUAAUUUUCGGCCUUUUAAGUGCAAAAUAUUUCAAAAAUAUAUAUGUAUACAAUAUGACAUUGUUAAACAACAACAUAUAUGUUUUAAUAUAUUAUAUUCUUACCUAGACAAGAAACUAUUAAAUUUUCAAUAUUGUACUAGUAGUAGGUUUAGGAAAAUGUCUGUUUUAAGGGUAAGCUUAUUAUUUUACUACUUAAGAAUGCAUAGAAAUUUUUGUUCAUGAAAAUAAAACAUUUUAAUGUGGUGUCUGCCAAAGACUAUUCAAAAGAACAAAUAGAAAGAACACAUGCAAACCUGUUUGGUUGAGAAGCGCUUCAAAUGUGAAGCUUGUAGAAAAAGCUUUACACGAAAGAAUCAUUUAAAUGAUCACCUGAAACUUCAUUUUGGCGAGAAGCCAUUCAAAUGCAGUAUCUGCGAAAUAUGCUUCGCUCGGAAGAAUACAUUGAAGCAGCACAUGCAAACUCAUUUGAAUGAGAAGCCGUUCAAAUGCAAUGUUUGCGAUAGAUGUUUCGUCCGGAAAUGUACUUUGGAUCAACACAUGCAAAUUCAUUUAGGAGAAAGGCCAUUCAAAUGCAAAGCCUGCAAAAAAAGCUUCACACGAAAAGAUAGUUUAAAUGUUCAUAUGAUAAUUCAUCUUGGCAAGAAGCCUUUCAAAUGCGAAACCUGUAAAAAAAGCUUCACACGAAAGGAUCAUUUAAAUGUUCACAUAAAUACCCAUUUUGGGGAGAAGCUGUUCAAAUGUAGUAUCUGCGAAAAAUGCUUCUCUUCUAAAACCACUUUGAAUAAACACAUGCAAACUCAUUCAGUUGAGAAGCGAUUCAGAUGUGAAGUUUGCAAAAAAAGCUUCACAUGAAAAGAGUACUUAAGUGUUCACAUGAAAACACAUUCUGGCGCGAAAUCGUUCAAAUGCGAAACCUGCAAAAAAACCUUCACACGAAAAGAUUAUUUAAAUGCUCACAUGAAAACCCAUUUGAAUGAGAAGACCUUGAAAUGUGAUAUAUGUAGCAAUCAGUUCAGGUACAAGUCUCAAUUAAAACAGCAUCUAAAAGAGCACAUUACUCCUAAAAAAGAAUUUAAAGUUUUCUGUAAAUGUAACAUAUGCAAAAAAGAGUCUAACUUCAAGUCUUCACUGAAUGAACAUAUGAAGAUACAUACUAAUUUGAGAUGUUCACUUUGCACUGGGUCAACAAAAGAAUGUGUCUGCUCCAAAAACCUUGGAGAUAAUAAGACUAAUCCUCUAGUUAGAGAUACUUUUAUGUUUGAGUGUCAAACAUGUUUCCAAACGGUCUUUUGUAAAUUUCAACUGAAAUUGCAUUUGCAAAUACAUUGCGAUUUAAAAUGUGUAGUUUGUAAGGAGGAUUACAGGAGUUGCAGUUGUUCUGACUAUUUUUCUGCUAUAGAAAAAUCAAAAUGCAUUAACAUUGAUAAGCCAUUAAAAGAAGAAACUAUUGAACCUGCCUUGAUAGUUAAAGAAGAAAUGUUUACUCAAAUUAAUGAAACUCCUGUAAAUAAUGAAACUAGCAAAAGUUCCAAUAAUGCCCUUGAGCCCUUAAGCAUAAUAACUGUUAUUAAAGUUAAGGAAGAAGAAACAUUUAUUACUGUUAAUGAGCCUAUUAUAUAUAAGGAACUUAUUGUACCUAAAGAGGAACUUAAAGAAGAGAAAGAAGAAAUUAUCGAAAAUUCCGUUGAACCCUUUGCUAAAACUGUUGAACACAAUGAUGAGCCCUUCAGUUUAACAUUAAGGAAGAAUUAAUGUAAAUGAAAUGAAAUUUGUAUGAUUUAGGUGAUUUUUUUGCAAAUAAAUAUGUUAUUUACCAAACAUUUUUAAAUUAUAUCUGAAUUGAAUGGCUUUUCAUAGAUAUUUCUUUAGCAUUGUCCUGUUAGAAAAGUUACUAC